AUGGAACUCGCUGAUUCAAAUACCAAUGAACAAACUGCACCUCAACUCCAACCACCACAUGGUGGUCGUGGUUGUUCAUCAUCGUCUACAGCCUCCGCUGGUGUUAUAAUUAACACCUACACCACUCAACUACCACCAGUACAGCUCGUGGAAUCCUCCUUAGCCAUCGUCACCACCGGAUCGGAAACCAACAAUGAUUCGACCAAGAAGCCACCCAAGAGUUCAACAAAGGACAGGCACACAAAAGUUGACGGUCGAGGAAGGCGCAUCCGAAUGCCGGCCACUUGUGCAGCUAGGGUUUUUCAGCUGACACGAGAAUUAGGCCAUAAGUCUGAUGGUGAAACCAUCAAAUGGCUCUUGCAACAAGCCGAGCCAGCUAUCAUAGCUGCCACAGGGACAGGAACAAUUCCAGCCAAUUUUUCCACCCUCAAUAUCUCUCUCCGAAGCAGCGGCUUCGCUCUGUCGGCUCCGCCCUCGAAAUCAGCUCCACAUUCUUUUCACAGUGCACUUGGACUAAUACACCGCCCUUAUGAAGACAAUUCUUCACACAUCUUAGGGUUUCACCAGCAACAAAGCUCUAAUCUUUUACAAGCGGCUCAAAUUACUAAUACCUUAGGCGGCGGUGGAGGCAGUGGUGGAGAUGGCGGCGUUGGUAGACAAGAAACGACAGAGAAUUACUUUCAAAAGAGAUAUAGAGAAGAUUUGUUUAAAGAACAAAUAAUCAAUAAUUCCCAAGGAGAAGGCUCCAGUUCACCUUCCAACAAAAAAUUCAAGAGCUAUGGUAUGCAAACAAAUUUGCCGAGGCACAGUACUAUGCUGCCUACCGCUGCCAUGUGGGCAGUGGCGCCAGCAAGCACCACCACCAACAACAGCACUUGCUGGAUGUUGCCCGUCACUUCCGGUGGCGCAGGCAGCAAUGGGCAGACUUUAGCAGGUAAUAGUGCGGCUGGCCCACCGUGGCCAGCUGCAGGACCCUCUGAGUCUCAUCAAAUGUGGCAAUUUCCCAUGUCUACGAGAUUUAAUUACUCGGGAAAUUUUGAACUUCAAGGUGGACUAAUGCAGGAGCAACAACCACCUUCACAGCAUCUUGGAUUUGGCGAGUCCAAUUUGAGAAUGUUGGCAGCUUAUUCAAGGGUUGGUUUGAAUAUAAAUCCUGGGCAGGCUCAGCAAGUUCAUCAUCCAUUGGAGCCACAGCAGCAGCAGAUUCAGGCUAAUGACAGUGGAGAAGAUGACCCAAAUACUUCGCAAUGA